AUGGUCACCAGCACCGCUCCCGAAGCAGAACUGGCACCAAUCGAGCAAGCGAAAAAACGGGCUGCUUUUGCCUGUGGAGAAAAAUACGUUCAAAGUGGAUGUCGUCUCGGUGUCGGGUCCGGAAGUACUGUGAAGUAUCUCGUCGAGUAUCUGAAACAAGGAUAUCAAAAUGGACAACUGAAGGAUAUCAUUUGUGUCCCGACCAGCUUCUUGACGAAACAAUGGUUGAUCGAAUCAGGACUUCCAGUUUCUGACCUAGAUGCUCAUCCAGAAUUGGAUGUUUGUAUCGAUGGAGCCGACGAAGUUGACGGGCAGUUUACGUGCAUCAAAGGAGGAGGUGGCUGCCUAGCUCAGGAAAAGAUCGUGCAAACUGCUGCCAAACAUUUCUACGUUAUUGCCGACUAUUUGAAAGACUCUAAGCACUUGGGUGACCGGUAUCCUGCUGUACCGAUUGAGGUUCUCCCUCCAGCAUCUCAACCUCUUCUUCGUUCGAUUCCACGUGCCGAGGGAGGCAGUUGUCAACUCCGUCAGGCUACAAAAAAAUGUGGACCAGUCGUGACUGAUAACGGAAACUUUAUUAUUGACUGGCAGUUCGAAAAGAAUGUGUCUGGUCGAGAUUGGCUGGCGAUUCAGCAAAGACUCGCAAACACUCCAGGAAUCGUUGAGACUGGAUUGUUCAUCGGAUGCGUCGACGCAGUCUUUUUCGCUUAUUCCGAUGGAUCCGUUAAGGAAAUCGUGAAUACGAAGAAACACUGA